CGACAAAAAACCGAAUCGGCAAGAUUUUGUGCUGCGUUUCUUCCUGCUAUUUAUCAGUGGAAAAACUAUUUUUCUUCGUUUCUCUUCACAAACUAUGUCUAUAACAAUAACUAUGUUAGGAUAAGUGAACGAAACCGCGUUACAUUUAAGUCUUACAACAAUAAUCUUAUACGAAUUAAGAACAAACUCAACGUGAAGUCGGGCGUCGACCGGUCCAUCCCUCCUACCGUAACCGUCGGCGACUCCGCCGCCUGUCAGUCGCAAUCUUCAUUUUGUAUCGGCGCCUCGCGCGGUCUCGGAACGCGGGUGCAUUUUUAAAAGUGUUGUGAGGUGCAGUGUCGGUCGGCGCGACCGUUUAAUGUGUUCAGUGCCGGCGUUAGUAAAGCAAGUCGAGGCGCGCGGCGUGGUUAGCGAUGGUUGACAUGGAUAGGAACGACCCGGAGCUCCGGUAUCUAUCGGUGGAUCGGAACAGCUUCAACGAUCCGGCCACUCAGGCGGAAUGGACGCAGAAGCGUUUAGUAUGGGUGCCCCACGAAACGCAAGGGUUCGUGGCGGCUGGAAUCAAGGGGGAGAGAGGAGACGAGGUGGAAGUGGAGAUCGCAGAGUCGGGGAAGCGGAUGCUGGUCCAGAUAGAUGACAUCCAGAAAAUGAAUCCUCCCAAGUUUGACAAGGUGGAGGACAUGGCAGAGCUGACAUGCCUGAAUGAAGCAUCGGUGCUGCAUAACAUCAAGGACAGAUACUACUCCGGCCUCAUUUAUACAUACUCCGGCCUCUUCUGCGUGGUGGUCAACCCAUACAAGAAGCUGCCCAUCUACACGGAGAAGAUCAUGGAGAGGUACAAAGGCAUAAAGAGGCACGAGGUACCGCCACACGUGUUCGCCAUCACCGACACAGCAUACCGCUCUAUGUUACAAGAUCGCGAAGACCAGUCCAUCCUCUGCACAGGAGAAUCGGGCGCCGGAAAGACAGAAAACACGAAAAAAGUCAUACAGUACCUAGCAUACGUCGCUGCCUCAAAACCUAAAGGAUCUGGAGCGGGACCCUCACCACAGUUGAUAAUAGGCGAAUUAGAACAACAAUUAUUGCAAGCCAACCCCAUACUUGAAGCGUUUGGUAACGCGAAAACAGUCAAAAACGACAACUCAUCAAGAUUCGGCAAAUUCAUAAGAAUAAACUUCGACGCGUCCGGCUACAUAGCCGGCGCGAAUAUCGAGACGUACCUUCUGGAGAAGUCGCGCGCCAUUCGGCAGGCGAAAGACGAGCGGACCUUCCAUAUCUUCUACCAGCUCCUGACCGGGGCGACGCCGGAGCAGCGCGCGGAGUACAUACUCGAAGACCCGAAGAGUUACCAUUUCCUAUCCAAUGCUGCGUUACCAGUGCCCGGGAUCGACGACGCCCUGGAGUUCCAAGCCACCAUCAAGUCAAUGAACAUCAUGGGCAUGAACAAUGAGGACUUCAACUCGAUAUUCAGAAUAGUCUCCGCGACGCUGCUGUUUGGAUCCAUGCAAUUCAAGCAGGAGAGGAACUCCGACCAGGCUACGCUGCCUGAUAACACUGUUGCUCAAAAAAUUGCUCAUUUACUUGGUCUCUCUGUAACGGAGAUGACAAAGGCCUUCCUCAAGCCGAGGAUCAAAGUCGGUCGCGACUUCGUAACGAAAGCGCAGACGAAAGAACAGGUGGAAUUCUCAGUGGAAGCCAUCGGCAAAGCGUGCUACGAGCGCCUUUUCAGGUGGCUCGUCAACAGGAUUAACAGGUCACUGGACAGGACCAAGAGGCAAGGAGCCUCCUUCAUCGGCAUCCUCGAUAUGGCUGGUUUUGAAAUCUUCGACCUCAACUCCUUUGAACAGCUCUGCAUCAACUACACAAAUGAAAAGCUCCAACAGCUCUUCAACCACACCAUGUUCAUCCUAGAACAAGAAGAGUACCAGCGGGAAGGCAUCGAAUGGAAGUUCAUCGACUUCGGCCUCGAUCUCCAGCCGACUAUCGACCUUAUUGACAAACCCAUGGGUAUCAUGGCCUUGUUAGACGAGGAAUGUUGGUUCCCCAAAGCCACGGAUAAAACUUUCGUCGAAAAAUUGGUCUCCGCUCACUCCGUCCACCCCAAAUUCAUGAAGACCGACUUCCGUGGCAUCGCCGACUUCGCGAUCAUCCACUACGCUGGCAAAGUAGACUAUUCUGCAGAGAAAUGGCUAAUGAAGAACAUGGACCCGCUGAACGAAAAUGUGGUUUCCCUUCUACAAUCUUCCCAAGAUCCUUUCGUAUGUCACAUCUGGAAGGACGCUGAGAUCGUCGGCAUGGCGCAGCAGGCCAUGACUGACACUCAAUUCGGUGCCAGAACGAGAAAGGGCAUGUUCAGAACAGUCUCUCAACUGUACAAGGAGCAGCUGACAAAACUUAUGGCCACACUCAGAAACACAAAUCCAAACUUCGUCAGGUGUAUCAUUCCUAACCACGAGAAGAGGGCGGGUAAGAUAGAAGCCCCUCUGGUCUUAGAUCAGCUCAGAUGCAACGGUGUGUUGGAGGGCAUCAGAAUAUGCAGACAAGGUUUCCCCAACCGCAUUCCCUUCCAAGAGUUCAGACAGCGAUAUGAACUGCUCACUCCCAACAUCAUCCCGAAAGGUUUCAUGGAUGGAAAGAAGGCAUGCGAGCAAAUGAUCGAGGCCUUAGAGCUCGACCAUAACCUGUACCGCGUUGGUCAGUCAAAGAUCUUCUUCAGAGCUGGUGUACUGGCCCACUUGGAAGAGGAAAGAGAUUAUAAGAUCACGGACUUGAUUGUGAACUUCCAGGCGUUCUGCCGAGGGUUUCUGGCCAGGCGGAACUAUCAGAAGAGAUUGCAGCAACUGAAUGCGAUCAGAAUUAUCCAGAGGAACUGCGCAGCGUACCUCAAGCUAAGGAAUUGGCAAUGGUGGAGAUUAUACAUAAAGGUGAAACCUCUCCUAGAAGUGACGAAGCAGGAGGAAAAGCUUACGCAAAAGGAAGACGAGCUCCGCCAGAUCCGCGACAAGCUGGACACACAGAUGAAGCGCUGCCAGGAGUACGAGCAGAAGUUCCAGCAGGCCAGCGCCGAGAAGACGCAGCUGGCUGAGCAACUGCAGGCGGAGUUAGAGCUGUGCGCCGAAGCGGAAGAAUCCCGCGCACGUGCAGCGGCCAGGAAACAGGAGUUAGAGGAACUGCUGCAUGACCUGGAGGGCAGGAUCGAGGAGGAGGAGGAGAGGUGUAGCGCGCUGCAGCAGGAGAAGAAACGGUUGCAGCUUAACAUUCAGGACCUGGAAGAGCAAUUGGAAGAGGAAGAGGCGGCGCGGCAGAAGCUGCAACUGGAGCGAGUGCAGUGCGACGCCAAACUGAAGAAGUUGGAAGAAGACCUGGCUCUCAGCGACGACACCAACCAGAAACUCGUCAAAGAGAAGAAGAUCCUAGAAGAACGUGCCAACGACCUUUCACAAGCGUUAGCCGAAGAAGAAGAAAAGGCUAAACACCUCAGCAAGCUAAAGGCGAAGCAGGAGUCUGCCAUCGCCGAGCUAGAAGAAAAACUGCUUAAAGACCACCAGCUCAGGCAGGAGGCGGACCGCGCUAAACGCAAGCUGGAAACUGAGUUACAGGAUGUGAAAGAACAGCUGGUUGAGAGGAAAGCGCAGUUGGAUGAGCUGCAGAUUGUGCUCGCUAAACGCGAGGAGGAGCUGGCCGGGGCGAUCGCUCGCGCGGACGAGGAAGGCGCGCUGCGCGCGGGCGCGCAGAAGGCGGCGCGCGAGGCCGAGUCGGCGCUGGCCGACGCGCACGAGGACCUGGAGGCGGAGCGCGCCGCGCGCACCAAGGCCGAGAAGCUGCGCCGCGACCUCAACGAGGAGCUGGAGGCGCUCAAGAGCGAGCUGCUCGACUCGCUCGACACCACCGCCGCUCAACAAGAGCUCCGCUCCAAGCGCGAGCAAGAAGUAGCGGUCCUGAAGCGAAGCCUGGAAGAAGAAGCGGCCACCCACGAGAGCUCACUGGCCGAACAGCGGCACAAGCACUCUCAGGAGCUGCAGCAGCUCAUGGAACAGCACGAGCAGAUCAAGAAGGCUAAAGCUGGCCUUGAGAAAGCCAAGCAAGCCCUGGAAGCGGAGAAUGCCGAUCUAGCCACAGAGCUGAAGUCAGCCAGUGCGGCGCGAGCAGAAGGCGAGCGCCGCCGCAAGCAGGCCGAAGCUCAGCUGGCUGAACUAGCCGCUAAGUUGCAGGAAAACGAGAGAUCACGAGCGGAAGUUCAAGAGAAAUGCGUCCGUCUGCAGAGCGAAGCGGAGCAAGCCCUGGCACAGCUGGAGCAGGCCGAGCUUAAGGCCUCGGCCGCCGUUAAGCAGGCCGCCACCAUCGGUGCGCAACACGCCGAGGCCCAGGCCUUAUUGGAGGAAGAAACGAAACAGAAGCUAGCCCUGCAGACGCGUCUGCGCAAUGUGGAGCAACAGCUGGAACAAGCCCGCGAUCAGCUGGACGAAGAGGAGGAGGCGAAGAAGAACUUCGAGAAACAGGUCGCCGCCCUCACUAUCCAAGUGGCUGAAGCCAAGAAGAAGGCGGAAGAGGAAGCGGAAGCGGCGGCCAUAUUGGAAGAAGCGCGCAAGAAACUCAGCAAGGACAUCGAGGCCCUGCACCGACAGAUCGACGAGCUGCAACAGGCCAACGACAAGCUUGACAAGAGUAAAAAGAAGAUCCAAGCGGAACUGGAAGACACAAACAUCGAAUUGGAAGCACAGCGCGGCAAGGUCAUGGAACUCGAAAAAAAACAGAAGAGCUUCGACAAGGUUGUGGCGGAGGAACGCGCGGUGGCGGAGCGCUACGCGGCCGAGCGCGACCAGGCGGAGCGCGAGGCGCGCGACAAGGAGACCCGAGUGCUCUCGCUCACGAGGGAACUGGACGACGCCGCUGAAAAGAUCGAGGAACUAGAACGCACGAAGCGUCUCCUACAGUCUGAGCUCGACGAGCUCGCGAACACGCAAGGAACCGCCGAUAAGAACGUGCACGAGUUAGAAAAGGCGAAGCGAGCGCUCGAAUCGCAGCUGGCUGAGCUCCGGGCCCAGAAUGAGGAGAUCGAAGAUGAUCUGCAGCUGACUGAGGAUGCUAAGCUGCGUUUGGAAGUCAAUAUGCAGGCCAUGCGGGCGCAGUUUGAGAGGGAUCUCCAGGCCAAAGAAGAGCAAGGCGAGGAGAAGCGACGCGGCAUCGUGAAGCAGCUCCGCGACUUGGAGGCCGAGCUCGAAGAGGAGCGCAAACAACGUGCUGCCGCUCUCGCCAUGAGGAAGAAACUCGAAGGCGAGCUCAAGGACGCCGAGCAAGCGCUACACUUGGCCAACAAGGUCAAGGAGGACGCCACGAAGCAACUGAAGAAGCUCCAGCAGCAACUGAAGGAGGCCGUCCGCGAGGCCGAGGAGGCCCGCGCCGGCAAGGAGGAGGCGUGCGCGGCAGCGCGCGAGGCCGAGCGCCGCGUCAAGGCGCUCGAGGCCGAGGCGCUGCAGCACGCCGAGGAGCUCGCCGGCGCCGAGCGGGCGAGGCGGCAGGCCGAGGCCGAACGGGACGACCUGCAGGACGAGCUCAACAACACCGCCAGCAAGAGUACACUUCUAGUAGACGAGAAGAAACGGCUGGAAGCGCGGAUAGCGGCGCUCGAGGAGGACCUGGACGAGGAACAGUCCAACAACGAAAUACUCAACGACCGCCUUAGGAAGGCACAGAACCAAAUCGAUCAAAUCACCAUGGAGCUCGGUACAGAGAAGUCCGCGACGCAGAAGCUGGAGAGCGGCAAGCUGGUGCUGGAGCGGCAGAACAAGGAGCUCAAGGCCAAGCUGGCCGAGCUGGAGACUGCACAGCGGACCAAGACCAAGGGCGUGAUCACCUCGCUAGAGCUGAAGGUUGCCAACCUGGAGGAGCAACUAGAGGCGGAGUCGCGCGAGCGCCUCGCGCAGCAGAAGGCGUCGCGCAAGCUCGACAAGAAGAUGAAGGAGCUGGCCCUGCAGCUGGACGAGGAGCGUCGCCACGCCGACCAGUACAAGGAGCAGAUAGAGAAGAUGAACAAUCGCGUGAAGGCGCUCAAACGCCAGCUGGACGAGGCGGAAGAGGAGGUCCAACGCGAGAAGGUCGGCAAGCGCAAGGCGCAGCGCGAGCUCGAGGACAUUCUCGAGACGCACGAGACGCUCACGCGCGAGUGCAACAACCUGCGCAACAAGCUGCGGCGGCAAGGCGGCGGUCCCAUCGGUCUCUCGAGCGGGUCGUCCUCGUCCCGCAUGAAGCGGUCCUCGCUCGCGCCCGGCGGCGGCUCCGGCGACGAGUCCUUCGAUGACGUCAACGACACCACCAACAGCGUCGAGUAGACCCCCACACGGCAACACGGCUCAACACAUAUACAUUCAAUUUGGAACUUAAAUCAUUGACAUAGAGUUGACAUUGAAACAACUGAUGUAAAUCAGCUGUGAGAGGAAAUGUUAGGGUUAGCGCCUGACAAAAAGCUUACGAUCAAUGUCGGACAGAGAAUAUAGCUUUACAGCUUUUUGCCCAGCUCAGCGUUUUGGAGUUAUACAAUUCAAUCGGGUCAGCUAACUACAAGGCAUAGGUACCAGUUGUUUUUCAAAUGUCUUUGGUAUUUGACUACCCUCGCUUUGACUAAAGUCUUAUGCCUUCUUAUGUUACAGUUGAUUUACAUGAUAAACUUAUUGUUUUUAACUAUUUUAACAUUAAUCAUGUCGCAAUACCGAACUUCACUAUUUCUUAUCAAUCAAAUCAUUAAAUUUAAUAUCUAGUUUUAUUACAUAAAGUUGUCAAUAUCGCCUCAUAUAAUCGCGAAGGAGUGCUUGCUAUUUAUCAUUGCGUCUGGCUACAUGAUAUAUUUAAGCAAGAAGUUAUUGCAAAGAUGGUAGAGGUCUAUAGGUUAUGUACCGUAAAACGGGGUGACUAGGAAAGUUUGGGGAUAAUUUGAUAGUUUUAAAACUGCCACUAAAUUUGCAUUUUCUUGAUUUUCACUAACUGCUCGUGUAACAAGUUUUAUACAUUCUUGUUUACCUACUACAAAAAAUUCCGAAUAUAAAUAUGUUACGGCUGAAAAACUGAAAUUUCGAAGUCGUCCCUGCAUUUCAAAGUCACCCCGGUUUACCAGUUUUUAUUGAACAAAUAUUUCAACUUAAUUUUGUAUUUUUGUAUCUAAAAAUGCGUUUUAUUUUCAUUGUUAUAUUGUAUUAAAAUGAUCAUGUCUGUAUCACGCCUGAAAUACUUUAAAUUUUUCGUCAUUCUGAAUUCGAAGAGCAGAAUUAUGAAUUUACAGCAAUAGUGAAGUUCGUAUAAAUGUCGUUCGCCGAAUGGUUAAUCUCACAGAAAAUUUGUAUUUUGAUUCCUUUAUUCAUCAUUUUUCUUAGGCUAGGUUUUUAUAAUAUGUAUAUAAAAGUAAAAUAUAAAAACACUUACGAAACAAUAAAAAAUACAUAUAAACACAUUAUAAAAAACCUAAAAUAACCAUUUUGAUAUUAUUACAUUAUGUUUAAAAUUACGUUAAAAUUGCCUAUCAUUAUAUUUGUUUCCAAAAGUAAUUAUUAUAAUGUUAUAUUGUUUUGAGACCGUGUUGCUAAGUUAGUACAGAGUUAGGUCCGCGCCGUCAGUUUGUAAAUGUAUUACUGUACACCCCAAACCAUAUCGCCUGAUAAUGAAUUGUCCUAAUGAAAUAGAAACAUUUUGCAUGUCUGUUGUAAUAAUAUUUGCGACUUGGAUGCGCCCAUAUCGGAUUUGUUUUUAUACGAAUAUUGGACAUCUUUUUUUUACUACACUGCAAAAGAGACAAGACGUGUUUCGGGAUGUGGCCAAAGUCGUGUUAGUUAUUUUGUUAUUUAACACAUUUAUUGCCACUAAGUGCUGCGGGUUGCGCUCGUAGCGCGUAGCCACGUCUUUGCCGUAUGUAGCGCAUAGUCGCUACGAACAGUGUACCCGACAGUCGGGUUCUUAGCCCUGAAUGUGUUAAGCAACUCCAAUAUGGAUGCACCUUUAAAUGUUGUUUUAUGCAUUUAACGGUCUGCGAAUCUCUACGCAUUUAAUUUUUUUUACGCCAUCAUAAUAUAUCAAGCAUUUUUUUAUAAAUUGGAACAUACACAGUCCAGUAUUAAUAACGGAACAUUCCUGACAAUGGAGAGUUUGCUAUUUUACCUUUGACCUAGUCUAGCGGGUAAAAUGUUGAAAUUACUCAUUGGGUGAUAUUGUGAUGAAAUUAAAAAAAAGAGAAAAAAAAAGUAUUAUUAAUAGUGGCAAAAGUACUUCAUAGUGAUUGGUUUAUUUGAUUAAAGCGACUGAGUAAUGAAGACUGUUGCGACAAUAUCGAGUCCCCCAAAAGCAUUCUGGUUCACUUUUGCUUCCAAACUGGGCGCGUGCGAUUGUCGACGUUCGACAAUGUUCGACAUUCGACAAUGUUCGACGUUUGACAACGCUCAGCCGCGCUCAGACGGUUGCUUGUACAUGUAAAUAAUAUCAGUGGUUGACACUGAGCGCUUAGUUGCCAUACAAAUUUAAUGAUACCUAGUAGUAGUUAAGUAAGAACAUGGAAGCUUUCGGUGUGUGGCGUGGCGGCGGGGAAACUAGCAGUCAGUCCAAAAUAGACUAAAAUCACUUUUGUGAUUUAUCAAGCUAUUGUUGAGCUGUCCAAUGACUUAUUAUAAUAACUGCCCCAAUACAACUAUAAUUACUACAGUUUUAUAUAAAAUUUACAGUUUUCUAUACAGUACAAAUUCCACCGUUGCCGCCACGCCUCGUGGGUGUUUUAACAGAUUUUAUUAACUAUACCUUGUACUCCUUGGAUUUGUAAAUACACCGCUCUCGGCAUGCGGGCAAUGUUGCCAGGCGGCGACACGGCUUGCGUUACUCUGCGGGCAAUGUUGCCAGGCGUCGACACGGCUUGCGUUACUCUUAGACUUAGAUAAGACACUUAGUAAUAAAUUGUGGCCUUAGGUUUUUAUAUGGUUAACAUUCUCCUACGCGAGAAAUUUUGAUACACCCGAUGUAACUUUGCGAGCAUUUUAUAUGACUAUUUACCGAAGUCUAAUUAUAUAGUUUCUUUUUCUGAAUAAUAAUAUAAAAUUUAAAUGUAAGUAAACCAUUGAAGCAUAAACAUAUUUUACAUAAAUAUUAUAUUUAAUUAUUAACAAUUAUAGAUAAUUGUAAAAUUGGCCAUAGGUUGUAACAAGUUAUCAGUUGGUAUGCCAAUUAAACAAUUUUUCAUGAUUUUUAA